AGAUGAAGCAAUCUGUUGAUGAGUGAGGCGAAAAUUUUUGCGAAGUGGUUGACUACUAAGUAACCAUAAAUCUAGCUGAAAUCAGUAGCAAAAAUAGUUGACACGAUGGCAUCCGAUUUAUCAAUUCAAGCAACCUUUUUGACCUUCCUCGCCCUGACUUUGACCUGCGCUGACCUGUUACGCGGCCAACACUCAACUGCAAAACUAGUCUCUUGUUACCAAUGCCACGACGGAAAGGUCAAACUGACGCACGAAAGUCAAAAUUCAGUUCUACGUGCGAUUGCAGGUAGUGGAUCGGGGUACUCUAAUCAGAACCACAGGACUAGGAGGGGGAGUAGGGGAAGGGGAGGAGUGCCGCCGGUGGCUGAAGACGUCGUGUGUGAUUCGACCAAUCACAACAGCCGAGGAUCAUCAGUGGAAGAUGAUGAAAGUGUUUAUCAGUGUGGAAUUCUGGAUUACUGCAUUUUGAUGACCUUGAUCAGCCCCAAUGGAACUACAAUCGGACACCGUCGUAGCUGUGCAGAGGAGUUCAUUGCCCCCUACCUGAUGCUUCUCGAGCAGCGAAUAACCCCCGCCGCCAACCAACAUAUGAUACAGAGACAACCCCCUCCCCCGCCAUACAACAGCCAGAACAACUACCCCAACAACAAUCAGUACAAUCCCAGUUCUGGAGGAACAUCAGUGGUUCCCAGUGCUGACAGUCGGGAAGAUCGGAUGAUUGACAUUGCGAGUGAUCAGCCUCAGCCUAAUUAUUCACCACCGACAACAAGCUUCGACCGUGCAGCACAAGCAGCCGCCGCAGUCCAGCGGAUGCUGGACACUCUGUGCUUGUCGUCAGAUGCUUCGGGGCCCUCCAGCGGCAGGCACGCAUACGAGCCCAGAAGUGACUUGAGGCUGAACUGCAACGGCAUUUACGCCGACGCCGCAAUCUGCCGAAUUCAGUGUUGCUCCACUCCUUUGUGCAAUUCAUGUCCUAAAAUUAAAACAAAUCUUGUCUUUCUAUUUGUCACAUUAAUAAGUUUUUCCGUCUUAUCUUGAUUUUUUGAAAUGCUUAUCAAAAUGAUAGUUUCGAAUGAUGAAAUGUGAAAUUUGAGUUGCUUAUAUAU